CCGUGGCCGCCGCUGGCGCGGGGGGAGGAUGAGGAGGCGCCGCGGCGGGGCUGGUGCCGCAGCCGCUCUCGCUUGAUCGGGCCCCGGCCGUUCCUCCGGGGCGGGCCGCCGCGGCGGGUGGAUGCCCAGCGCCUUCCCGCCUGGCGCCUUCCCAGCGGGCACCCCUGGGGCACGGACCCGCGGACGCCAUGGGCUGCUGCAGCUCCGCGGCGCAGAGCUCCAAGCGAGAGUGGAAGCCUCUGGAGGACCACAGCUGUACAGAUGUACCAUGGCUGCUUUUAUUCAUCCUCUUCUGUGUAGGAAUGGGUUUUAUUUGUGGCUUUUCAAUAGCUACAGGAGCAGCUGCAAGACUGCUUUCAGGAUAUGACAGUUAUGGAAAUAUUUGUGGACAGAAAAACGUCAAGGUGGAGGGAAUAACCAACAGUGGUCUGGACCUCACACACAAGAAGUAUGUAUUCUUCUUGGAUCCAUGCAACAUCGAUCUAGUACAUCAGAGGAUCAAGUCCAUUGCUUUGUGUGUAUCAGCUUGCCCAAGGAAAGAACUAAAAACUCUGGCUGAUAUUCAGAAAUUUGCAGAAACUAAUGGAUCUGCUCUGUGUAGCUAUGAACUACAGCCAUCAGAAUAUACUACAGACCCAAGGGCCACCAAGUUAUGUCCUAAAUAUCCUGUUCCAGAGAGUGCACCUAUUCCAUUCUUCCAUCGCUGUGCUCCUGUGAACAUUUCCUGCUAUGCCAAGUUUGCAGAGGCCCUGAUCACCUUUGUCAGUGACAGUAGUGUCUUACACAGGCUGAUUAGUGGAGUUAUGACCAGCAAAGAGAUUAUAAUGGGACUUUGCUUGUUAUCACUAGUCUUGUCCAUGAUUCUGAUGGUUAUAAUCAGGUACAUUUCAAGAGUACUUGUCUGGAUUUUAACAAUUCUUGUCAUUCUGGGAUCACUUGGUGGUACAGGAGUCUUGUGGUGGCUCUAUGCUAAGCAACGAAUAUCUGCCAGUGCUGUUGAGACUCAAAUAGCCAAAGACAAUAUUCAGGCUCUACUGAUCUAUGCCAUUUCAGCUACAGUCUUCACGGUUGUGUUGUUCUUGAUAAUGUUAAUUAUGCGCAAGCGAGUAGCUCUCACCAUUGCCUUGUUCCACGUGGCCGGCAAGGUCUUCAUUCACCUGCCGCUGCUAGUCUUCCAACCAUUUUGGACAUUCUUUGUGCUUAUUCUCUUCUGGACAUACUGGAUCAUAGUCCUGCUUUUCCUUGGUACUACAGGUGGUCCUGUCCCAAAUGAAGAAGGAUUUGUUGAAUUUCGGAUGGUAGGCCCUUGGAAAUACAUGUGGUGGUACCAUGUAGUGGGACUAAUCUGGAUUAGCGAGUUUAUCCUAGCCUGUCAGCAGAUGACAGUAGCAGGGGCUGUUGUGACAUACUAUUUUACAAGGGAGAAAAGGAAUCUGCCAUUUACUCCUAUUCUGGCAUCUGUUAAUCGCCUUGUUUGUUACCACCUAGGAACAGUAGCAAAGGGGUCUUUCAUUAUCACACUAGUGAAGAUACCACGAAUGAUUCUUAUGUAUAUUCAUACACAACUUAAAGGAAAAGAAAAUGCUUGUGCUCGCUGUAUGCUUAAAGCCUGUAUCUGCUGCCUUUGGUGUCUAGAAAAGUGCCUGACUUACUUAAAUCAGAAUGCAUAUACAGCUACAGCUAUCAACAGCACCAACUUCUGCACCUCAGCAAAGGAUGCCUUUGUUAUUCUAGUGGAAAACGCUUUGCGAGUGGCUGCCAUAAACACGGUUGGGGAUUUUAUGCUGUUUCUAGGAAAGGUCCUGAUUGUCUGCAGUACAGGUUUGGCUGGGAUUAUGUUGCUGAAUUACCAACAAGAUUACACCAUCUGGGUGCUGCCACUCAUAAUUGUUUGCCUCUUUGCAUUCCUGGUUGCUCACUGCUUCCUUUCCAUUUAUGAAAUGGUUGUUGACGUCCUUUUCUUAUGUUUUGCCAUCGAUACAAAAUACAAUGAUGGGAGCCCUGGAAGGGAAUUCUACAUGGAUAAAGUUCUCAUGGAAUUUGUGGAGAAUAGUAGGAAAUCUAUGAAAGAAGCUGGCCAGGGAGGUGGAGCUGAGGGCAGAGAGCUAAAACCAAUGGUAGGUGCAGAUGAGGAGGUGGCGAUCCUCCAAGAGUUUCACUUUUACUUCUUCUCCCUCUUUGUCUUUACUGACUGCACUUCUUCAGGAGAAGUUUUUGUUCUCUGUAUCACUCAAGAUGUUCUGCUUUUUCUGUUUGUGAGCUUGCCUAUCACCUGGAUGGCAGAGUUUUUGUCACAGCUGAGACCAUCUCCUGUAAAAGUAAGAUGAAAGGAACAGAGUCAUAUGAAACAAAUGCAGUUAUAAAUUCAUUAGGAUUAGGAUGCAUGCCAAGCAGUAUACACAGACAGCCCCAGCUGCUAAGUUCUCUCAAAAUAUGACAACUCUGUAGUUCAUUGGGCUAUUCUGACUUUAAUCCUCUUUUCAGUCCUAAACUGAAAAAUUCUUGUUCAUCUUAUAUUCACCAUAAAAGCCUGAAGAACACUACUGAGCACAUCCAUCGUUGCAAAGUAGGACCAGGCAUUUAAAGCUUUAAUCAAAUUAUUCUAUACAGUGCCAAGGAAUUGGUUAAAAUGAUUCCUUUCAACCUGCUCAAAUGACAUUUCUCCCAGUUGUUUGUUUUUAUUGCCAACUACUUAUGUUGCUUGUCUCUUGUGUGCUCUUUCCAUCUCACACUGUCAGAUGCACAGACAGUGAACAAUGCAUCAUUUAUGCUUCUGCAGCCUGUUUUACUUAUGGUGUGCCUGUUAGGAAGGCAUUGCAUGUCUGAGUAGCCUGGAAUAAGGAACAGCUAUACAUGGUACAGAUAACAGAUAGGAGGAUGAGUUUGGAAGGUGGAGAACUGAGAGCGUAUGAUGGAGACCCAGGCUGGGCAAGGUAUGACUUGUCAUCGUGCAAUAUGACUUUGUAAAAUAAAAUAUUUUUCCAUCAUUACUUUCUCAGAGUAUUUGGGGCCUGAUGCAGUUGCUUAACCAUGGGGACAACUUUUAACCUAAUGGAACCUAAAAAAGUGUAUGCUAACAGUAGAAUUUUUUUUUUUAAUUCUGUAUGUGAAGCCGUGUUGCAUGAGCACUUUUUGACAUAGCUGGAAUGGGUUCCUGCAGUAGAGUGGGUAGAUGUCUAGCUUUGCGUGUUUUGCUAUUUCACUGUAGCUUUCCAGUCUCUAGAUUUGCUUAUGCCUAAAUGUUGCUGUGUUUAUACAUCUGAAAAUAACUAAUUCUAUGCUCAUUUACUGAUUUCUUCUGGGAGUAAUUCUAGCUGUUCAAAUAGACACUAAUGCUGGGAUUUCCAGGGUGGUCUAAACACUGUAAACGUAAAGCUUCUGUUAAAAUGAUGGAGAAUUAGGUUGCAAGCCCUCUAGUCACAUGCACAAAAAUUCUCAGUCCAAAAAUAUAUUACAUUAACUUCUAAUGCAAAUAACUGGUUUACGUGAAGUGGUUUUCCACUUAUACUCUUGUCAGUGCAAGCACAGACUGCUACUCAGGCUCUUGUACUUAACUGCCUAAAGCUUGGAUGUUAAAAUAUUUAUUAAUCUCCCCUACUAAAAUGGCAAAUCAAGUACUUGCAAGUCAAGAGUUGUCUUGUUCUUAUAGGAACUUGACUCUAGGCACUUGAGCCUGUCACUGGCUGAAAGUCCUCCUGGUACUGCUGGAGAAGAUGCUGAGCACCUGCGGCUCAGUCUGCAUGUCACCUGCUGAAUUACUCCCAGUUCUGCUGCUCAUGCAGUAGUUUUGUUUGGAACUGACUGGGCCUUGAUUUCUCAGAUGGUCUUGUGGUUUGGAGCAUUCAGCUCUAGUUGCAUAGGUUCUGAAAUAGCAAGAUCUCACUUUCUGACAAGUAGCAACAGCAGUUACUUCCAUGAAAUUUCUGAUACCUUUCCCCAAGGCAUUGAUAAAGGCCUCAUUACAUCUAGAAUAGGAUCAUUUGUAAGUCUGUUCUGCAGUAGUAGCACCUGCAGUCACAAAAUUGGGUGUUUGAAAAUCUGGUUGGUUUUUCUUCCUUCUUUUUUUAAAAAUAGUCUUUACUGUUUUGUUUCUGUGUCCUUGAAACGUGGAUUUUUCUUAGACAUGAAAAUUAGUUCUAAAAGUGAAACACCCUGAGUGCAGUUGUAUUUUAAAUAGGCAUUAAUAGCAAAGAUGGGGAAACAUUUAGGACGUUCUGUUCUUGUAUCAAGGCACAAGAAAAAAAAAAACAACACACCUUUUCACACUUCUUUCUUUGUGGUUUCCAGUGACCCCUUUGACUCAGUUUCUCUUUGUCUUUUGGCAUUUGUCUAAGACUGUGCUGUAUGACUUUGUUUUCUAGGCCUCUGGAGCAAGUUCAUCUUGAAACUAGCCAGCCAUAUUGGAACCCAUUGACAUUCCAAAACAGUAUAUAUAUACAUAUAUACAUACAUAUAUAUAUAUAUAUAAAUAUACAGCCAAAAUCAGAGAAAAAGGAACAGGGAUUUAAUACUUUUUUUAACAAUUAUUUUUGUGAAACAUGUACUCUUUUCAUACGGGUGGCUUUUACAAGCAGCUUUAUCAUUGUUCCAUUUUUUAAAUUUUUCAUUGUGGUCAUGGAAAAGUUGAUUCUUACCUGCUUGAUAUUUUACAAUCUGGAGGAGGUAUCAUUGUAAAGAUAAUCUGAAAUGAUGACUGGGUUUAGACACCGAUUUCCCAUGACACUGCUAAUCUGCUGAGAAUUUUAUUUGUUUAGUUUGUUUAAAUUUGCACUAAAUUCAGGACAGUUAAAUGUAAGGAGAACCUUCAAAUCAAGAAAAGUCUCAAAUUUAAUUUCAGAAGGUGAUUUCAGUGGGAGUUCAUUCAGUUCAAGUGGGUGUGUAAUCUGUCAUUUUACUUCACAGCCCUGGUGGGGCACAGUUUUGUUUAUCAGAAUCAGAUCUAUCACAAUAGCCAACUCCUCAGGUAUUCAGGUGUGUGGGAGCCCUUGCAUCUCCUAUUAAACAGAAACUAUACAAUGGGGACAGAAAAUUUUUAUAUGCAAUUAGCUUCCUGUUUUACCCUAAUUACCCCUCUUACUCGUUACCCACCAUCCUCCCCUUGAGUUAAUUCAGUAGCCUCCUUCACACUUCAGCAGUGCUCCUUUGAACAGUGUGGAUUCUCCAUGUGAGCGAUUGAAAUAACGUAUCUUUAGAGCUUAGUCUUAGCCAUACUUAUGAUUAAUUCAUUACUAGAUGUAACAAUGCUGAGGAUGGGAAGAGAAAUUAACUGUACUACUGUACAAGAAAGUACUGUAUUCUUCAUUUCAUUUAAUGCUAGAGAGCUUUGGGAGGUGGAAGGGACCAUUCCUUGCCUGUUGUUUCACCCAUACUUGUAUGUACUGUAGCAGGUGGCUAAAACAGGAAAGGGCAGAGAAACAUUUCCUUGGAAGUGUAACUGCCAGGGUAGUUAUCUCAAGUUAUCAAAUAAAGACAAGAGAACGUGCUUUUUUAUUACUAUUCUUGGAUAGGUAAAUUUCUUUUCAGUCUGGAAGUUCACCAGAUAUGAAUGCUAAUACUCAAUUCUUCAACAAAAUGUAAUGGUAAAUGCUUGAAAGUGUAUUUGCUAAUAAUUCAUUAUCUGUCUAUGCUAUAUAAUGCUUUUGUUACAAUCUUUUUAAGAAAACUAUUUUUGUUAAUGUAAAGUUAAUAUUUCAGAGCAGGAUUUUUAAACUUGUUGCACUAAAUAGAAGCUCUGUACAAAUAAAUCAUGCCUCCGUGGCUUGAUCACUCCAUUCAAGAAAAUCUUUUGAAACCCAAAGCCCUUCUACAGAAGCUUUGCGAUGGAGUGGAGAGGUAUGUGUAGUUAGGGACAUAUACAACUCAUGUUAUCAAGGUUUAAUAAGUAAGCAAUUCUUUGUGCUUCCUUUCAGAGGAUUGGGCCUUUAAACUGCUGUCAAAAGUUUAAAAGUACAUAGUAUCAUGUAGCUAAACAGUGCUCUUACUUUUUGGCAAUAGUCUAUUGUCUAUUUCACUUUUGCUUCUAGAAGUCAUUUGGUAACUUCAAUUUGUUUAGUUUUCUUUCAAUAAGCCAAUUAAGAGGAUAUGAAAUGUAUGAAAAUCAAAAUACUUUUAGAAAUUAUAGCUGCUGGGGAGGCAGGAAGAUGGAAUUAUCCAAUCCUGCAAGCACUUAGACACUUGUUUAAGUGAACUACAUUGGUAGCCCCACUGACACCAGGAGGACUCUCUAAGUGUGGAAGUUGUAAGUUACACACCUGUGUAAGUGCCAGCUGCACUAGAGCUUCAACCUGGGUAUUCAGAUUGGAAGUCUGGUGGGGCCUCCCAGUGCAAGUUAGAGGUCAGACUAUCUAGAAGCAGCACUGGAGCAGCCUUUGGUUUGUAGAGAGGAGGCAUUCCUGCUGUACUGGUGGCUAAGUCAGCAGUGGCACUCAACAUGGAUAUUUGUGUAGAUCAGUGGGGUUUAGAAACAGAAGUUUAAAAACUGGCUCAGAUACAUGCUAGGAACUGGAUUUCAAGGCUAAGAGACCUAUCACAUAUGCAGUUGCUUCCAGAGAAAUUAAUUUCCAUCUUGUCUGGAAGAUAUUGGAGGUGCUUUGAUUGAAGUCUUGGAUUCUGCACAUUUUGACAACAAUUUCCUGCUGUUACCAGUUUCCCACGUUUGUGUUCUCUGCUCACUGGAAGUCCUGGGUGGGGGCUUUUCUCUGCAAUUGCAACUAGAACUACAGUUUGAAACAAAUUUUGUAUUUUUGUAUGACUUGACUGUGCACCAUUUUUAUAGCAGUUUAUCCUGUUUCAAAAAGAAAUUUGCUUUAUUUACAUGGUGUUUAAAAGAUACAGACAGCACUUUUCUAUGGGUAGUUGUAAUGUUUAAGUGAGAAAUAUAUAUAAUUAUGUUCUUAAUAAAAUUGUGUGCACCAUUCUUGAGUGUAUAUCCAGCAUGCAGAGCUUUUCAGUCAUGCCAAAGAGGCAUUCAACCCACACACAGGCUUUCCAGUGGCCAUUUUGAAUGUCCUUUGAAGUUCAGUUGCAACCAAACUACUAGCUGCCCUCUUCCAGCUCUGUCUCGUGCAAGGAGAUAGACAGAAGACUGAUGUCUGAAGAGACAAUUUUUUAGGACAAAUUCAGGCUUUGCUUUCCUUCCCUAGUGGGGAUAGUGGAGUAGGAGAACACUUGACAUGUAAAUCCCCGGUUGGCAGUAGAAGUGCUGAGGUCUGCCAGAUGUGAUAGAUUCAGUAUUUUGUUCUGGUAGCUGGUUGUUAAAACCAGUAUAUGGACUGGCUUGUGGGAAGCAGUGUAGACCAACUAGAGAGUGAUGCUGCAUUGGUAAUAACUCUGCAGGAGAAGCAGGGGAGACAGCUGAGAUGACAGAGAAAUGACCUCCUUGCAAAGUCCACUGAACCAGGCAGUGCUUGGGGACUGGAGAUUCAGACUGGAUAGCCAGGAUUUGAAAAUCAAGUCAGUGGGAUUACUCAUUCCUAGCAUUUGGUUUCUGCAGAUGCCUGGCAUCAUAGCCUCUGAUCAGCUAGAUUUUAAAGGAAAAAAAGCAUGCCAUAGUUUAAAUUGUUUAAUCAUUUUCCACAUCAUUUUACUCUCUGUUCUGUUUAGAAGCUGAGCAGCAGUGUGUUGUCUUCCUUGCUUCUCCCAACCCUAGAGAAAUUUUUUUGUUCAUUUAGCUCUCAUUUCUGUAUUGCUUUUUCAGCAAAGGAGUGCUAAGUGGCAGAGUGUCACCUCCCCUUUGUCCAGCUGAUCUUAGCACAUGCCUUCUCACCUUCCCAACCAGUGAUUCAGGGUAUUACCUGCACUGAAUGGGAAGAGGAGUAGGUGCGGAGCUGAAAUUCAGAGGUGUUUGUUAGGUUUGGUUUGUUUUUUUUGUAUGAUGCCACUCCAUCACUGUGUUUUCUGUGUUUAGGAGUGCAGCCCAUCACUUCUACAGUUUAAAUGCAUGGUAUGGCCAGCUUAGAAUUGCAUUUUCAGCCUUUCCGUAACUUGAGUUCACACUCCCAGCUGCCCAAAACAGGAUUAGGUUUUACAUGUGGCCUUAGCUCGGCAUGGUAAUCCAAGGAAUUUUUGCAUUAGGAAGGCAUGUCUUAGAAAGGAGAAUUUAAAGUGGAAAACCCAGUUACAGGUUGUGGUGGGUUAACCCCCUGGCUGGCAGGGUCUGUUGUUUGUUCACUUCCCCCAAUAGGAUGGAAGAAAGCAUUGAAAAGGCGAAAGAAAGAAAUCUCAUGCAUUGAGAUACAGGCAGUUCAUUAAGUAAAGGGGAAAAACAGAAAAAGAAACCCAAGUGGUGCAAAGGCAAUCACUCCCCACCUCCCACCAGCAGGCCAAUGCCCAGUCAGUCUCUGAGCAGUGGCUACUUCAAAAAAACUCACCCUCCUUCUACACCCUCCUCCCUUCUUCCAGUGCACCUCCCGGCCCCAUCCCUUGCUCCUCCUCCAGUUUUGUUGCUAAGCAUGACAUUAUAUGGUAUGGAAUAUUUCUUCAGUCUGUUCAGGUCAGCUGUCCUGGCUGUGUGCCCUUUCAGCCUCUUGCCCAACCCCAGCCUAGUCUGCUGGGGUGGCAGAAUGAGACACAGAGAAGGCCUUGACCCUGGGCAAGCACUGUUCAGCAACAGGUGGAAAACACUGUUGUGUUAUCACCACUGUUUUGAUCACAGAUCUAAAACACAGCACCAUGUGGGCUGCUCUGAAGAAAAUUAACUCCAUCCCAGCCUAACCCAGUAUACAGGUCCACUUACCCAAGAUUUAAUCCAAGACUCGAUCCCUGCGUUUCUGUACAGCACCUUCUCAGGGUGGUUACUUCUUUCUGAAAGGGCUUUUUCAGCAGCAGGUUAUUAGCCUGCUCCACAGUGCUCUCUUUCAUGGAGGGAGCAGGGGAUGCUAACUCUUACUCUUUCAGCACAAAAUGGGGAUAUAAAGCAGAAAUGAGCCCUUUCUGUAUCAGUGUUCUGGCAAUUGAGCAGCCAGUGUUGGAGACAACAUACUUUAUGUGCCCUCAGGGCAUGCACUUUAGUGGUUUGCUCUGAGUGGUUAUGAUGUAUUCUAUGAAUGUAUGUUAUAGAGUCAGAAUAAAAUGCAUGUAGCAGACAUAUAGUCAUCAUCACCAUCCAGUGAUUAUUUGGUUCUGAGUGCAUAUUACAUGCUAUAUCGAACAUGGCACUGUUAUUUUAAGAAACACUCUUAAGAUUUAAAAGUAGAUACCUAAAAGCAUCCCUGUUUUUUAAAUCAUGGCUUUGCCUGUGCAGAUACUGUUUACUAAAUCUAAACAUCACAAGUCCAUUGUUCCUUGAACAGUUUGUGUGUCACAUUAUCACCACAGAAAUGCUAUUUCAUCCUUGUGGAAGAAAACCCUUCUGUUUCCCAAAACAAAACCCAACAGACUUAUUUGAAGCAUUUCUUGUGCUCAGCUUGUUUGUUGGGAUGAUGGAAGUUUACUCUAAAUAUUUCAUUUUUAAAUGCUCUUUCAGCUAUUUCAUCUCUGUUGUUAUUUCCAUCACAUAAUAGAUUAUGGAGACUAGUAAAUUUGUAUUUCUUGUGUUCUGUAGAAAAUACUGUUCUCAAGGUAUUUUUUUUCUUCUGUAUUUAGAGGGAUGAGAGAAGAGAUAAAACUUGUCUCUUGUGAUGUGGGUCACGUAUAAAAGGCAGAAUUUCUGGUCUGGGAUGGAGCUGUGAUGUGUCUUGCAGUGUUUGCAAGCUGAUGCAAUCAAGCCAAAUCUCUUUAGAGACCUUAGGAGUAGGAAAAUAUUUCUAGGGACAAUAGGUAGCACGAAUCCAUCUAAAAAUACCCAUUUGAAGGCUAAACUACCUGGCAUGCAUUUGACAAAGAUCAGCUACAACAGAACUAGCAGAAAACCAGCAAACACCACCAGAUUCUGCUCCCCUGCCCAAUGAAGUGGUCAAGUGGUGUGUGAGCAUGAUGAGCAGAAUUUGGUGUUCUGAGCAUUUGGUACUUUUCUGUAGAAACAUGGGACUCCUUGUAGAACCAAAGUUGCAAGAAUUCAGAGCAAACCUACCAGCUGACUUUAGCAGAACUAGCCCAAUUUCAGUAACUUUAAAGAUAGCUCUGGCUUCUUUAAAUACAUGAUGGAAGAGGGUGGCAGCAUAGCUGGCUGCCAUUCUUCAGGUGCACCACUGCUGCCCUCUGGAUGAGUGAAGUAGGGGCAGCUGGGGAGUAUGUCAGAAAGGUUUUGUGAGAUCAGGACGCUAAUUACUCUUGAUACCUAUCAGAAGUGGGGCACUGACUGGAGUUCCCAGGAACGUUGUGAUUUUGAACUCUCAAGUAAAUACUGCAUGUGCUCCAGUGUCAGUAUUGGUUGGGUCCCUCUGUGUUCAAACUGAAAAAGGAGAAAAAUUUUCUCAUUAGAAAAACAGUGCUGCAGUCAAUAGGUAGUGUCUCCUAGGGGAGUGAGAGAGGAGGAAACAGAAAGAUGGUUUUCUUUCUAAUGUAGGCCAGAAAGCAGCUGCUAGAGGUUAGGUGGAGCCAUGUAGAGCAGGAUUUCACAGGUAGAAAAUAUUCUGCAAGAUCUCCACCAGUAGUUAAGACAAUACACAUUCCUAUCCACAGACAUCUCACAGCAACAUCCCCUGUGCUCUGCUUUUAUUUUGCUAUGGAUCUUUUCAGAGCAAGCAAGAAAGUAGAAUCCUAUACCUAUAGAAAGAAAUUAUUUCUAGAUGGUGAUUGUGUUGCUGAUUAUAGCAACUACCCUAAGGAAAAAGGACAAUCUUCCGAACAGAUUUUAAAGGAUUCACAGUACUUGCAUUGUCAUAGUCCAUCAAAGCUUCAUCUGGGAACAAUUUUUUCAUCCUCUUUCACUCAUACUUGUAACAGGGCAGUCAAAUCCCUGAACUGGUUUGGUGAUUUACGUUGAAUCAAGAUCAACUAAUAAGUGCUCCUUUUUCCAGUGGAAUGCCACCUCCUUUUGGAAUGGGAAAAGUAAAUGUGACACUGUUAGUUGUUGUCUGAGAACUUGAAAUGUUUUAUACUGCAAGCUGUGAAUGCAGGAAGAGAAGGAAAAUUAACAGUGCUGAUCUAAUCUUAGAUUUUCUGUGUAAACUGACAUUGUGCCAGAAUACUGAUGCAAAACUGUAUUUUAGUCUAAGAAAUGUAUAGAUUUUUUAAUGUAUCAAAAUAAAGUUUUUCUUUUUAAGUAA